AUGUCUGCAGAGGAAGAAACCGUUCCAACAACCGUCGAAGAGACGGUGCCUUCACCAGCGACGAAGAAGAAGAAGACGAAGGAAGCUAAAUCUCCGAAGAAGAAGAAGCCUCCUACUGCUCCGAAGAAGAAAGCUUCCUCAUCUCACCCUACCUACGAAGAGAUGAUUAAAGAUGCGAUCACGACGUUGAAGGAGAGAACCGGAUCUAGCCAAUACGCGAUUCAGAAGUUCAUAGAGGAGAAACAGAAGUCGUCGCUUCCUCCUACGUUCAGGAAGCUUCUCCUCGUUAACCUCAAGAGACUCGUCGCUUCUGAGAAGCUCGUCAAAGUCAAAGGCUCCUUCAAGCUUCCUUCUGCUAAAUCCGCUGCUCCUAAACCGGCUCCGGUUAAGAAGAAGCCAGCUGUAUCUUCUACUAAACCCAAGGCUAAGGUUGCUGCUAAAGCCAAACCAGCAGCUAAAACCAAAGCUGUAGUAGCUGUGAAGCCAAAGGCUAAGGUUGCUGCUGCUAAACCUAAGGCUAAGACAAAGACUGUAACUGCUGUUUCGAAGACCAAAGCUGUUGCUGCUAAGCCUAAGGCUAAGGAGAGACCUGCUAAAGCUGCGAGGACUUCGAGUAGAACGUCUCCAGGGAAGAAGGCUGCUCCUGCACCUGCUAAGAAAGCUGCGACUAAGACAAAGACCAAGGCGAAGGCUCCGGCUGCUAAGAGUGUGAAGGCGAAGUCUACUCCGGCGAAGAGGGCGUCGACGAGGAAGGUGAAGAAGUGAGUGUUUAGGAUAGUGA